UAAGGACUCGCAUGCACAAUUAUGAAUAGACCAAACCUCAUAUUAAAUCUUUAUAUGGUUGAUACAUUUCCACAAAGAGAAAGCUUAUCAUUAAGAUAUAUUGUCUCUCCAAUCAAUUAUCUCAUAAAUGGGAGCUGGUACUUGUGGAGAAGUUGAACGUACAAUAUUCCAAAAAUCAGAUAGUGAUUGCAAGAGAGAAGGAAAACAUGUAGGAGCUAUACCUCCAAUCAUGGGUGGAAAUUUAAGAGCAGCUAAUCAAUUUGAACUGAUGGCCCCCUCAAUUGCAUUCAAAUCAUAUCCCUAUUCAGAAGUAUCACAAUAUUCUGGUGGCAAUGUGACUGUUGCUUGUCCCGAGCCUAUGGUAAAUCAAAAUAUAGAAAGAUCAUCAGUGCAUCAUAAUGGUAGAAUGAUAUUGCCGGCUGAAGUGGAGGAGCCAAUGUAUGUAAAUGCCAAACAGUACCAUGGAAUUCUAAGACGAAGGCAACUCCGUGCUAAGGCUGUGUUGGAGCAAAAAGUUGUAAAAUCAAGAAAGCCUUAUCUUCAUGAAUCUCGGCACCGGCAUGCGAUGAGAAGAGCUAGAGAUGGUGGAGGCAGAUUUCUCAACACAAAGAAGAAGAUUCAAUCUACUACUAAUGGCAAUAAUGAUAAUGCAACUCCAAACAGUAAAGGCAAAGGUUCAUUGAACUCUGAUUCUUCUCAAAGUUACUUAGUCAAUUAUGGACAUGAUAUUGGAUCAUCAAAUAGUGCUGUUGAGGGAUUUCUGUACCAAGGAAUAGAUGAUAAUAGUACAGAAAAUCUUCAACUGGGUUGUUGUCAUUAUCAGUGGAACCUCAAUGACAACCAUAGCAAUUGCAUGCAGUCACAAGCGCGCUUCUAAUCUCCAGCAUUUCUAAAGAGUCGUUCUGCCAGACGUCUAGUAGUCUUUGACUUAGUAUUUGAAUCGUAAAUCUCAGUGCACGUACAAGGCGUUUCCCAUCUGACUGAUAUACUAUAGUUUAAUUUUCUA